AUGACAGAAGAGAAUGAUGCCACCACAAAGAAUAGAGAAGAAGCAGUGAAGAAGAGGAAAGACGCGUCAAAGAAGAAACGAGAUGCGGCUGCGGCAAAGAAGAAGAGAGAUGCCGCUACGGCUGCAGCAAAGAAGAAAGACGCAGUGGCGAGGAAGAAGGAAAAAGAGGCAACAGCAAAGAAGAAGACUGAAACCGCGGAAAAUAAGAGGGUGCGAGAUGGUGGUGCCGAUGGUAGAUCCUCAUCGACACGAAGCAAACAGUCUCAGAACCGCGAGACAGAAAUAGAAGCGACAGAAACCGCAUCUCCACAAAACCUUCAAGGCGGUGUUUCCCCAGCACCAUCAAAUGAAUUUCCUUUUCAGCCGCAUAUUGAGGUUAUAGCAAGCAGAGAGCUUUCGAGCCAGCCCCAAAAAUCACCUAUUCAGGCACCCACUGCAACCUCUAGAAACUUCACUUUCGCUUUCAAACUCUUCAACAAAGAGUCCUUCAGACCGUGUAGUUGA